AUGGAAACAUUGAGAAAAGAUGGUCCUCUGGGUCUUGUACUUGGCCCAGAAAACCUUGAGGGCACCAAGAAAGAACAUCUUUCAGGGAAAACUUUGAAGAAAUCCUCCUCCGAGGUGGACUCGCAAAGAUCCACUCCUGCCAAGAAAACCAACAGUAAGGGGAGAAACCCUGAAUGCAGCGUAUGUGGGAAGACCUUAUAUAACCACAUAUCCCUCACUCGUCAUCAAAGGACCCACAUGGGAGAGAAGCCCUAUAACUGUCAAGGGUGCAGGAAAGCCUUCAGCUAUAGAAGUAGUCUUAAGAAACACCUGAUGUCUCACAGUGGGAAGAGCCCCUUUAAAUGCAGGAAAUGUGGGAAAACAUUCUAUGACCGAAUAACCCUUACUGAACAUCAGCAAACUCAUACGGGAGAGAAGCCCUUUAAAUGUCAUGAACAUGGCAAGGCUUUCUUUGUCUGCUCGUCUUUUACUCGGCAUUGGAGAAUUCACACUGGAGAAAGUCCUUACGGGUGUACAGAAUGUGGGAAAUCCUUUAGCCAGAAAAGCAUCCUUGUGCGCCACCAGCUCACUCACGCUGGUGAGAGGCCUUACGAAUGUCAGGGGUGUGGCAAAGCCAUGGCUGACUGCUCCUCCCACAUUCACCCGCGAGCACACAUGGGAGAGCGCGCUUUCGAAGGUCAUGAGUGCACGAAAGUUUUCUUUGACCGCUCAUCACUUAAAUGGCAUGAGAAAGUUCAUAGCGGAGACAAGCCCUAUAAAUGCACCGACUGUGGGAAAGCCUUCCUCCAGAAGAGACCCCUUACUCAGCACAGAGUGCACACCAGGGAGAAGCACUGUGAGUGCAGCGCGUAUGGGAAGGUGUUCCAAUGCAAGUCCUCCAUCACCCAGCACCAGCGACCUUAUGCCAGCCAGGCUUCAGAGUAUCACAGACAUGCUUCUGUCCUGCAAAGGACCCCCACAGAGACUUAA